UAUCUAUUGUCCUCUAGCUUGAGCCAUGAGAUAUAAAUCCAUGCUGUUCCGGCGUUGCACUACACUACUAAAUUCCUCGACCUCUGGGUGAUUGGAACGCGCCAUGAUUUCAUUCUCAACUAUCUUCUUCUGUUCCCCUUUUGCUGUUGCUUCAUUGUUUUCAAGUUAUAUUCUAUAUCAUGUCUUUAUAGCACCUCGGUUCAAUCCCCUCAGAAAGUUGGCUGGACCACCGCUAAAGGGGGCACUGGACAACCACAUGUCACAUGUACUCGACCCAUUCAGGUCACCCAAGACUCAUGCUGCAUAUGUAGAGAAAUAUGGCAGGAACGUCCGUAUAAGAGGGCUUGGUCCAUGGGACGAACGCCUUCUCCCCCUUGACCCUGUUUCUGUAGCGCAUGUACUAAAGAACAGCACAAUCUACGAGAAACCGUGGCAAUCUCGAAGACUUAUCACGAGCCUCAUUGGUUGCGGUAUGCUGGCUGCAGAGGGCCAUGUUCAUAAGCGUCAACGGCGCGUUGCCACCCCUGCAUUUUCCAUUCAGAAUAUGCGAGCACUUGUGCCUCUUGUCUUUAGCAAAGGAGAGGAGCUCAAAGAUAAAUGGAUAGAUAUGAUUCAGGCAGCGAAGGAAGAUCAGGCAGCCUCGGACAAGCAGAACUCCGGUCGUUUUGAAAUAGACGUCUGUCACUGGAUCAGCCGGGCGACCUUCGACGUAAUUGGGUUAGCAGGUUUUGACUAUCGCUUCAACGCUAUACAAAACGAGUCGAAUGAGCUCUUUGCUGCGUAUAAGGAAAUGUUCGAGAUUGCUGUCUCGCAGGGAGAUGGGAUUAGGACAGUUCUGGGGAUUUACUUUCCAAUCCUAAAUAGCCUUUUCCCCGAUAAGAGGGCCAAGACCGUCCACAGAUGUCAAGAAACUAUUCGCCGCGUAGCAGGAAAGCUAGUGCAGCAGAAGAAAUCCAGGAUUUUGGAUGGAGAAAAGAGCGGUUCCUCAUAUGCCGGCAAAGAUUUACUUAGUCUGCUGCUGAAAUCCAAUAUUGCUACAGACCUCCCACCAGAUCAGCGAAUUUCCGACGAAGAUAUAUUACACAACAUCAAUACCUUCAUGUUCGCAGGGUCUGAUACGACAUCUCUCGCUCUGACGUGGACGUUUCUGCUCCUUGCAAGACAUCCAGACUUGCAAACUCGUCUUCGCAGGGAACUUCUCUCCAUCGUACCGACUACUCCAAUAUCACGACUGUCACCUGAAGAAAUCGAGUCUUUACACGACACCUUGCAGAACUUGCCAUACCUGAACAACGUUUGUCGGGAGUCCUUGCGUCUGAUCCCUCCAGUCCAUUCUUCCCUCCGGGUUGCAACGCAAGAUGACGAGAUACCUGUAUCAUAUCCUGUCCAUUUGAGCGACGGCACGGUCUCGGAGCAACAGUCUAUAAGUGUGCCGAAGGGGAGCUUCGUGCACGUUCCAGUGGAGGCUUUCAAUCUCGACAAGGGCAUAUGGGGACACAAUGCUUGGGAUUUUGACCCUGAUCGAUGGGAUCAUCUUUCGGAGGAUGUGCUGUCACUUCCGGGGCUAUAUCCUAAUCUUCUGACGUUCUCCGCUGGGCCGAGGUCAUGCAUCGGGAUGCGUUUUUCCAUGAUUGAGAUGAAGACAUUUCUCUAUAUCCUUCUGACUGCUUUCGCCUUUGCCGAAACAGACAAACGAAUUUACAAAGCCAACGUCGUGCUCACGCGACCAUAUGUUUCUGGAGAGUUCAAAAAAGGAAGCCAGUGUCCACUCCUUGUAAAACCACUCGAGUCGCUUGCCGUUUCAUAGGACCUAUAAGUAUAUCAAUGUCUACCAUAUGUUAAGCACAUAUACCCCACUCACAGGUCUGUAUCUUUCAAUGAUAUUGCAUUCGGACUUUAAGCAACAACAUCGUAUGCACCCACCGCUUGAUCACACAACACCAGCGCACCAGUGCUAGUACUGAUUCAGCUCUCGAUUGCAUCCUUCUCAAAGACUUGUCGCUGUGUAAUGUCUCGUCGAUGCAUUGGGCCUGGCCAGAGUCGAAAGCUACACCGUGAUAGUCAAUUCAAG